CCGGCAGGGAAGGAGAGCGCCGCGGAGAACCUCCGGCCACAGCGUCACCUAUCGGUGGGGAGCGGGGAAAAUGAGGACGCGAGUUCCGGAGUGAGUCCCAUACGGUUGUGGGAACAGUUCAGUGUUGGGGUGAGUGAAGUUAUCCCCUCUGGUUCCAGAGCUUGAAGAUUGAGGGGUAAUGAUGGUUGGUGAUGAAGCAUUUCAGCUCCUGUUCUAGAGAUGGCUUGCAUCCACUCCAGUUUACCUAGUGGAGCAACGGGUCCACAGCAGAUGCCAUCACGUUGGCCCUUCACUCAAUAUCUGGGCAGCAGAGCUCCGUACAUCAGGAUGUUCUUUAUUGAUUACAGCUUUGCACCCAAUACCAUCAUCCCCUCAAAACCUGGCCUCAGAACCUCCUUGUGCCAUUGGAUCCUGGAUUUCCUCACUUGCCGACCCCAGUCAGUUCAGAUCUCCAUCAGCACAGCUGCACCACAAGGCUGUGUGCUUAGCCCCCUCCUCUUAUUGCUUCACACCUAUGACUGUGUGGCUAAGCACAGCUCCAUAUACAAGUUUGAGGGUACAGAGAAGAUUCACUAGAAUGAUUCCGGGAAUGAGAGGGUUAACAUAUGAGGAACGUUUGUCCGCUCUUGGACUGUAUUCCUUGGAGUUUAGAAGAAUGAGGGGAGACCUCAUAGAAACAUUUCAAAUGUUAAAAGGCAUGGACAGAGUGGAUGUGGCAAACAACAGGAAUUCUGCAGAUGCUGGAAAUUCAAGCAACAUACAUCAAAGUUGCUGGUGAACGCAGCAGGCCAGGCAGCAUCUAUAGGAAGAGGCGCAGUCGACGUUUCAGGCCGAGACCCUUCGUCAGGACUAACUGAAGGAAGAGGAUCGCCCAGGAGGAGUGCCGGAAGCCUAUAACAUGAACUCAACCAUCAACACCCCCAUCGCGAAGUGGGCUCCAGACCCUAGAGAGGAGAAUCCGGCGAACAGAAGCCCGGGGAAUGGAUCUGCACUACAGCCGGAGACCUGUGCGAUUGCCCCCCUCACACCCAGAGUCUCACCGUGCUCCCCCCGUCGGGACGCCCCGCCCUCUCAGUCUUUCCUCGCGGUGGUCGCGAUUGAUUUCGGGACCACCGCCAGCGGGUACGCGUACUGCCUGGUCCGGGAGCCGGGAGCCAUUCAUAUGAUGAGGCGAUGGGAAGGUGGCGACCCAGGGGUGGCCAACCAGAAGAGCCCGACCUGCCUGCUGCUCACCCCUGAGGGCAGUUUCCACAGCGUGGGUUACACCGCCCGGGAUUUCUACCACAGCCUGAACCCCGGGGAGGCCUCGGAGUGGCUUUACUUCGAUAAGUUCAAGAUGAAGAUCCACACCUCAUCGGACCUUACCUUGGAGACAGAGCUGGAGGCUGUAAACGGCAAGACGAUGAAAGCUCUACACGUGUUUGCUCACGCACUGAGAUUUUUCCGGAUUCGGGCCCUGAAGGAGCUGGCUGAGCACUUGUGCCGAGAGCCGGAGGAGGGAGAAGUCCGCUGGGUGGUCACUGUACCGGCCAUCUGGAAGCAGCCGGCCAGACAGUUCAUGAGGGAAGCUGCCUACUUGGCCGACCUCACAUCCCCCGAGCACCCAGAGCGGCUGCUGCUGGUGUUGGAGCCCGAGGCCGCCUCCAUCUACUGCCGGAGACUGCGGCCCAACCAGCUGACAAACCUGAGUGCCAGCCCACGGACGCCAGAGCCCAGCCUCAACUCCAGCUUCAGGCAAGCUCGGGAGCAGCUGCGACGAUUCCGGAACAGUCGGAUCUUCCUGUUAGAGAGCGGCAUGGGAGAACUGUGGGCAGGAAUGGAGUCAGGAGACCGUUACAUGGUGGCAGAUUGUGGUGGCGGGACCGUUGACCUCACGGUCCAUGAGAUCGAGCAGCCGGCAGGGACGCUGAAGGAGCUCUACAAAGCCUCAGGUGGUCCAUACGGAGCGGUGGGUGUGGACCUGGCCUUCCAGGAGAUGCUGUGUCAGAUCUUCGGCUGUGACUUGAUGGAGGGAUUCAGGCUGAAGCGCCCGGCAGCCUGGGUGGACCUGAUGAUGGCGUUCGAGGCCCGGAAACAGUCCAUCUCGCACAAGCUCACCACUCCGCUCAACAUAUCACUGCCCUUCUCCUUCACCGAGUUCUACAGGAAACACAGGGGCGAGUGUGUGGAGGCCGUGCUGAAAAAGUGCAGCAACAAACUGAUAAAGUGGAGCUCACAGGGGAUGCUGCAGAUAUCGCCCCAAGCUGCGGACGAGCUCUUCCAGCCAACCAUCCGACUGGUGGUGCAGCACAUUGAGGCUGUGCUGCAGCGGCCCGAGGCGGCGGGCGUGCGCUCCCUCUUCCUGGUGGGGGGUUUCGCGGCGUCGGGGCGGCUGCAGCGGGAAGUGGAGCGGGUACUGCCCGAGGGCUGCCGGCUGUUGCUGCCGCAGGCCUCGGGGCUGAGUACGCUGCAGGGCGCCGUGCUGCUGGGUCUGGAGCCGGCCGUGGUGCGGCUGCGGCGUUCGCCCCUCACCUACGGUCUGGCCGUGCUGCGGCGCUUCGAGCCGGGCCGCCAUCCGGCCCACAAGCUGCUGGAGCGGGACGGCGUCCGUUGGUGCGCCGACGUCUUCGACCGGCUGGUGCGGGCCGGCCAGCCGCUGGCCCCCGGCGAGCGACUGCAGCGGCGCUACAUGCCCGCCCGGCCCGGCCAGCGCUCCGCCCGUAUUAGCCUCUACUGCGCCCCCGAGCCCGGGGUGCGCUUCGUCAGCGACCCCGGUGUCCGGCGCUGCGCCACCCUCAGCCUGGAUCUGGGCGUCGGCCCGGGGGACGAGCCGGUGGACGGGACCGGCCCGGAGGCUGAUCCGGGGGACCGGACCGGCCCGGGGUCUGAGCCGGGGCACGGGACCGGCCUGGCCCGCGAGAUCCGAGUCAGCCUCCAGUUCGGCGACACUGAGAUCAAGGUGACGGCCCUCGACAUCCUCACCGGUGCCGAGGUCCGCGCCACCCUCGACUGGCUGUCGGAAUGAGAGGGGAAAGGAAGUACUGACCCCACCCUCUCCCCUGCUACCCCCCGCCCCUCUCCCUCGCCUUUUAUACAUCCCGCUAAAUCCCCUCCCUGCCCUCCCCACCCACUGAAUCCUUAUCUCCUGCAUCCUGAAGAGGGUGACUCUCCACCACCCCGGCUGUCCUGAACAGGUAGUCUCAGUCCUUCUCUCUCUCUCUCUCUCUCUCCCUCUCCCGGGGCCUCUGCUGGGAUGGUCCUGAGGUAGCUGGGCACUCCUUAGGUACAGCCGGUCAGACAUCAUUGUACACAUCCUAACCUUGUCAUCAGUCAGUAUCUCACGCCAGGAAUUUUGCUUGUACACCCAUCCAUCCUGGUCUAAAUCCAUCAGACAUAGGAGCAGAAUUAGACCCAUCGAGUCUGCUCUACCAAUACAUCAUGGCUUAUUUAUUAUCUCUCCCAACCCCAUUCUCCUGCCAUCUCCUGGUAACCAUAGACACCCUGAUUAAUCAACCUCUUCCUUAAACAGAACCCAAAUCUGAACCAGAGCACCCAGGCUCCCACCUGCACAAACUGUCCUUCAGAAGGGUCUCAGUAUUGAUUUGGAGUCUACCCUUGCCCUGGUGAGCAGUUAGACCAACCCCUCUGAAACUGGAACCUCCCUGUCCCAGCUGCUUGGGAAGGCCUCAUUGCCUUGGACGUCCACAGUCGAAGAUGAUAUGGGUUAGCCCUCGCCCAUCGACGUUCCCCAUCAACAGAUUGGGGAUUGAGGAGAGGGAGGGGGAGCGGGAUGGGGGGAGCAAAUUAACACUUGGGUCAUCAGUCUCCUGGUGACCACUGAGUGCGUAGGAGGGCAUUGUAACGUGGUGCCACUGUUAACCUGACCUGUUAUUUAAAAUUUCUAUAUAAGUUUCUGACAU